CUCCCCAUUCACUACCCAAGCUUGCGACCGGCAACCCUGUCCGUCACCUCCGCUCUCCGGCUCAACUCCUGAGAUCGUUCUCCACCCAACGCGCGUUGCGACAUUCGUUUCUUCGUUCCUCACCUUCCUGCCUUACCUGCUGCCAUCGCGCAUAUCAUAUCGUGAAUCCAAGGAAUUCGGUCUGUCAUUGCGGUUGCUUCGCCAAAAGAGAACGACGACGUUCGCUACCAACAAGACAACAUGGCAGGGGAAAAGAAGUACCAGCCACUCACCUUGAGUCCCAUCAAUUUCUCCCUCACCGAAGGCACUUCCAUUCCGGCGCCCCCGGACUCUCCACCUGAUACCCCGCGACCCCCAACACCUGGGAAGGGUCCUCUCUCCUCGCAUCCGACUCCAAAGUCAUCCACUUUCCCUCAGAACGGGGAGACGCCACCGCUCCGUGAUGCGGACGACUCGGCCAGCGAUCCAAAGCUCGACAAGUCAGUCACGAACGACGAUGACCACAGCAUGCUCUCCCCAUCGAGUCCGACCGGCCGCCGACCAAAUUCAGUUCGCAAAUUCCUCGGUUUCCGCCCUAUGUCGUCGUCCGAUAGCCUGAGGUCGGAUCGACCAGGCUCUCCCAGCACCAUCGCCAGUCAGCCGAGUCUGCAAAGGAAGAAGAGCGGCAGCUGGUUUGGGAGGAGGAAGAGCACGUUCGGAAUGGGGCAAUUGACAGAGGGCAAGGAGAACAUCACACAACCCACCAAUGGCCAACACACAAUCGCCAAACCGGCGCCUCCUCCCCAGAAGAAGGGACCCCCGCCCCCAGCUCUGCCCGAGCUCAAAGCGUUCGGCGCGAGUGACGAUGCAUUCACCUUCGAAGCCGACGAUAUGUUCAAAAACAUAAAAUAAACAAAAAAACACCAUCCCACAUGAGCAAGCGAUGGAAUAAUUUUCACGACGGUCUCGGACAGUUGAGUUUU